AUGGAUAAAACCGAAGAAGUAAUUUGUGAGUACAUCAACAACAACAACAACAUGAUCAUCGCUAACAAUUUACGUCAACAAAACUACCAACCGAUCCAUGGUGGCUCGAUUCCCGGUCAUGCAGUGAUCAACCGCGAUCGAGAAAAUGCGUAUCAGAAUUUGGUCAUAGAUUACUUUUUCCAUAAUCCACGUUUUGGAGAAGAUAUGUUUCGUCGUCGAUAUCGGAUGUCAAGAAGUUUGUUCAUUCGUAUUGUUGAUGCAGUGAAAGAUCAUGACCAUUACUUCCAACAACGAAGUGAUGGACUUGGUAGAAUGAGAUUAUCACCGUUACAGAAAGUAACAGCUGUUUUUCGCAUGUUGGCAUACGGUCUACCAGCUGAUGCUACGGACGAAUACGUUAAAAUAGGUGAGUCAACAGCAAUUGAAAGUAUGAAAAGAUUUUGUCGUGCUAUGGUGGAGAUAUUCGCAGAGCGGUAUCUACGAACACCUAAUUCUAACGAUAUUGCUAGGCUACUUUAUAUUGGACGUAGUGGGUCACCAACUAUUAUCCUCGAAGCUGUGGCAGAUUAUGAUCUUUGGAUAUGGCACGUAUAUUUUGGUAUGCCAGGCACCAAUAAUGAUAUCAAUGUGCUGGAGUCAUCUAAUCUUUUCUCUAACCUAGCUCAAGGAAAAAAACAUGUAUUACAUGACAUAAUGACUGCAUGCAUUAUUAUGCACAAUAUGAUAAUCGAGGAUGAACGUGAUCUUUAUGCACCAAUUCAAGAAGUGAGGGAAGCACCAACACCAGAAGUUGAUAUGGUAGCAGAUGAAACUACAAAAUUUACUCAAUUUAUUGCACGUUACGGAAAAAUCAAGGAUAAAGAUGCCCAUAUUGCGCUUCGUAAUGCAUUGAUAGAUCAUCUAUGGGAGGAAUACACUAAUUCAGAUAGUUAA